GCGGCUCCUGCGCCUGCGUCCCCGGUUUCCAGCCUCACUUUCCCCCCCCGCGACCGGUCUUGCCGCCCGACCCCGCCGCCAGGAGCGAGCCGAGCCGAGGCUCCGACCAUGAAGGCGCUGUCGCCUCCCGUGGGGCCGGACCGCCCGGCCGUCCUGUCCCUGGAGAACCGCCUCCUGCCCCCGGGUCCUCGCCUGUUGCCCUCCAGCCUGGCCAGCGCCGACGGCGGCCGGCCCCUGCCCCUGCCCGCCUUGGUCCAGGCCGCCCUGCGCGGGCCCGACACGCGCAACUCUCUUCUCCCGCGGAGCGGAGCGACGGCUCCCCUCUGGUGCCGCUCCGCAGGCCCCUCCAGCAUCCCACCCCCCGGCGCCCCCAUUCAGGACCCUGGAGUCCACCCUGUUGCAGAGGAGACAGCGGCAUCUGGCGAGUCGCUGCCUCGAUACAGUCUCAGUCUGGAGGAGGAGGAGGAGGAGAAGGAAGAGGAGGAGGGAGAGGAAGGAGUUGAAGGGGAGCGGCAGCCCGAAGCGCCGACUGAGGACUCGGACCAGACCCUUCAGAAGCAGAAGCUGGCCCUGCUGACCCUCCUGUGCAGCUCUCUGGUCUCGGGGGGCACCCUGGGAACUGCGGGGGACCCCACGCGGGAAGCUUUGCUGCGUGUCUGCACUGACCUUGCCCUGAAGGAACCCGAGUUCAUCCUCAAGGCAGCCUUGUACACCAGGCAGGAGCUGAAUGUCCGUGUCUCGGCGAACCUACUGUUGGCCAUUGCCGCCUUCCUGCCCGCCUGCCGCCCCCACGUGCGCCGCUAUUUCUCCGCCAGCGUCAGAUUGCCCUCCGACUGGAUCCAGGUGGCCCGGCUCUUCCAGAGUUUGGCAGGCGACCCUCGGGGCAAGCUGGUCCCCCUGCCAGCCUGUCUCCGAGCUGCGAUGGCCGACAAGUUCACCCAGUUUGAUCAGUACCAGCUGCGCAAAUACCUGCCCCGCGCCCACUGUGCCAAAAGCCGCCAUCGGGCCCCCCGCCACUUGAAAUCUAAGCCACCAUCCGCUCAGGCCUGGAGGAAGGUGGGGUUUCUGAUGCAGAAGUUCGGGAAAAAGCAGAGCGAGUUCGAGGCGACGGCGGGUGGCCCAGGCGUGCGGAAGAAAGCGCCUCGGGAGCAGUUCACCCUGAAGAAGCUGGUGCAGCGCCUGCACCUCCGGGAGCCGGCAGAGCAUGUUUGGGCAUUGCUGGGCUACAGGUACCCCUUGGAUCUGCAGUCCUUCUCCCGCAGCCGCCUGCCGGGCCCCUGGGACCCCCACCGUGCUGGGACUCGCAUGAAGCUGCCUCCGCUGGACACAUGGGAGCGGGAGCUGAGCUGCCACGGGAACACGGGGUCCUCCUGGGAGCGGAUCAUCGACAGUGGACAGCUGCCCUACAUGGCCCUGCUGAGAAAUCUGCGGAACGUGCUUCGGGCUGGGGUCAGCGCUGGACACCACGAGCUCCUCCUGAGGCGGCUAGGACACGCGGAGUCUGUGAUCCGGAGUCGCCAGUUCCCCUUCCGCUUCCUGUCAGCUUACAAAGUGAUCACCGACCUGGAGAGCCAGCUGGAGCUGAAUGAAAAGCCGCCCCCCUCCAAUGCGGCCCUGCUGCGGAAGCUCUUCCCCGUCCAUUUCCGGUGGGUCCGAAACCGUCGAAAACUGCGGGCCGCCCUGGCGAUGCCGGUGCUGUUCGAGCAACUGCAGCGAGAGAAAGCGCGCCUGCGCAAGGCCAGGCUGCUACGGAGCGACAAAGCCACACUGGCACGGUACCGCGACACCCUCCAGGCGGCCAUGGAGCUGUCCGUGCGGCACACGCUACCCCCACUGCUGGGCCGGACUUUGGUCAUCUGCUGGACAGGCUACAGCUCGCUCUUGGCCCUCCCCAAGGGGGCCGAGGUCUGCUGCCCCAGACCGGAGGGAAACCGGUCUGAACCCAUUACAAUCCUGGAAGCCGGACUGCUGCUGGCCGUGAUGGUGACGGCCCGGGCGGAGUGGGCCCGAGUUUUGCUCUGUGCAGAGUGUGCCUUCAGCGAGGAAGAGGUCGGGCCAGGGAAGUCUGUCCUGGACUCGGUACUCCAGCUCCAAGCCAAGGCUCAGGCCUUGCCGAACGGAAACGAGCCGGGCCCCAGACAGGCCGCCUCCUACCUGAUGGAUUUAGUCACGCAGCAGAUGCAGGUGAACACAGUCCUCUCCUUCGGGCUCCUCCAAGACCCGGAGUUUGAGGCCGCGCAGCAGCUGGUGUGGCAGCGGUUGAAUCCAUCCUGUCUGUUCGUCAGUGUGGACUUGGCUGGGAAGGGCCAGAGGUCACCCAGCGACAAUCCCAAUGACGUGAGACUGAACGGCUGUAGUGACCAACUACUCAAGUUCAUUGCAGAGCGCGGGGCCUCCCGCCUGCUGGACCACGUGGGCCAUAUAGACGAGGCCUUCCAACUUCCUUCGCCCCGUAGUGGGGACCAGCGCCGCCCCCGCCCGCCCCUGGAGGACAGCAUUCCGGGGCCCCUGCCCCCCGCCGGCCAGCACAGCUGGCGCAGUGUCCGGCUCUUCGUCUCAUCCACGUUCCGGGACAUGCAAGCUGAGCGGGAUCUUCUGCUGCGCGCCGUGCUCCCCGCCCUGCAGGCCCGAGCCGCCGCCCACCGCCUGCGCCUGCGGCUCAUCGACCUGCGUUGGGGGGUUCCGGAGGAGGAGCAGCUGCGGGGCAGGCAGCUGGAGCUGUGCCUGGGCGAGGUGCACAACUCUCAGCUGCUUGUGGCGAUGCUCGGCACCCGCUACGGCCACGUCCCCAGCACCUACAGCCUCCCGGCCCUGCCGCAUUUCCACUGGGCUCAGGAUUACCCCGCCGGGCGCUCGGUGACGGAGAUGGAGGUGAUGCAGUUCCUGAGUGUCCCCCAGCGGGCCCCCGCCGCCUUCGUCUACCUGCGGGAUCCAGACUUCCUCAGCUUGGUGCCAGAUGCUUGGAGAGAAGACUUUGCUCCCGAAUCGGAGGAGGCGGCGCGUCGGGUCUCCGAGCUGAAGAGUCACCUGGAGAGGCGGAAAGGGGUGACCUGCCGCAGGUACCCGUGCAUGUGGGGUGGCACGGCUGGGGGGCGACCAGUCGUGUCCGGCCUGGAGCAGUUCGGGCAGAUGAUCCUGAGGGACAUGUGGAUGGCCCUUCAACGGCUCUUCCUGCAGCCAGAGUCAGGGUUGGAUGGCCAGCGCCCAGCCGACACUGACCCCGUCAAAGCCGAGGACACCUUGCAGAAUGCCUUCCAGCAGCUGCAGAGUCCGCCCAGCCCAGCCCGGCCCGGCCUCCUCCAGGACACUGUCCGGCGGCUGCGGCGCCAUAAGGGGGUGCUGAGUGUGGUCAGCGGAGAGCCCGGCCAGGGCAAGACAGCCUUCCUGGCAUCUCUGGUGUCGGCGCUGCAGGCCCCAAGGCAGGGGGAUGCUGCCCCACCGCUCCCCAUUUUCUUCCAUUUUGCGGGAGCCCGGCCUGACCACCGUCGCCUAUCUGUGAUGCUGCGCCGGCUCCAUGCCCACCUGAGCCGCCUGCUGGGCCGCACUGUUCCGCCCCCCUCGGGCUACCGGGCCCUGCUGUGGUCAGUCCAGAUGCUGUUGCCGGAGGCUGCCGAGGCUCUGCCCCCAGGCCAGACUCUGGUCUUGGUCAUCGAUGGGGCCGAUCGACUGGAAGAACGGAGUGGUCGACUGAGUGCAGACUGGAUUCCUGAGACCCUGCCCCAGCGGGUGCACGUGGUGCUGAGCCUGGCGGCCCCAGACCCAGAAGACUCAGCACUCGGAGUGACCCUGCUGCGCCGCCUGGACGCUCAUGCUGUGGCCUUGGGGCCUCUGGAGCCGGCAGCCCGGGCGCGCCUCGUCAGGGAGGAGCUUUCACUGUAUGGAAAGCGGCUCGAGGAGUCGCCUUUCAACAACCAGAUGCGGCUGCUGCUACUGAAGCGUGGGGCGGGGCUGCCUCUCUACCUGACUCUGGCUGCCGACCAUCUUCGGCUGCAUGCCGUGUUUGAGCAGGUGUCCGAACGCCUCCGGACUCUGCCGGCCACGCUGCCCCUGCUGCUGCAGCACCUGCUGGGAGACCUGGAGCGGGAACUGGGGCCAGUGGUGCACCGUGCCUUGGCUGCUCUCCGGAUCACCCGCAGUGGGCUGACGGUGGAGGAGCUGCAUGGAAUCCUAAGCGCCUGGGCCGCGCUGCCCCAGGGGGCCGGGGGCUGGGCUGAGGCCAUGGCUGCGGGCAGCAAUGGGGAGCCCCUCCCUCUGGGUCCCUUCACCUAUCUCGUCCGCAGCUUGCGCAGCCUGCAGGGCACGGGGCUGCUGGAGGCCCCCGGGACCCGGCUGUGUCUGCCACCCGGACCGCUCAGAACGGCAGCUGAGCAACGGGCCCGCAGGGAGACUGGGCUGGAUCGCACCGCACACACAGUCAUUGCGGCUCAGCUCUGGGCCGCUUGUGACCCGGACGCCUCGGACACGUUCCAGGGCCGCCGACCCGAAGCCCUGGUGGACCUGCCUUACCACUUGGUACAGGGAGGCAACCGUGCCCUCCUUGCCCGGCUCCUCACCAACCUGUACGUCUUGGCGGCGCACGCGGAGCUGGGUCUUCUGCCAGCCCUCGGGGAGGCAUACGCGCUCUAUGAAGGCUCAGAGCCCCCAGAGUCCCCAGAGCCCCCGGAUUCGACGCUGGUGGCUUUCCGCAGCUUUAUGCAGUCCGAGGCGGCGCUUCUGGCCCGGCACCCUGCGCUCCUGGUGCAGCAGACAGCCAACCAGCCCCCAGACUCGCCCCUGUGCCUCCAGGCUUCCGGGCUGGCCUCCUCCCGGGACUCCCGGGAGCCCCGCCCCAGGCCCGGGCGCCAGUUCCGCUGGAUCAACAAACCUCGUAGUCUGAAGGCCCAGAGGAGCUCACCCCUGACGCUGGCGCUGCCCUCCCCUGCCACAGCCCUGGGCAUCUCCCCCAACGGGCGCUGCGCGGCUGUGGGGACUGCUGACGGAGUCCUUCGUCUGCUGGACCUGCGCUCCUGGCAGGAAGAACAGUCAUUGGUCAGCGGCUGUGAUGGCAUCUCCGCCUGCAUCUUCCUCUCAGAUUCCACCAUUUACAUUGCUGCCUUCGAUGGCGUCUUGGAGCUGUGGGACCUGCAGGGCAGCGGCUGCCGGAUCCAGAGGACCCAAGCCCACCAGCUGCACAUCACCGGCUGUGGCCUGAGCCUUGACCGCAAACUGCUGGCCACUGUGUCCCUGGAUGGAGCCCUGAAGCUAUGGGACACCACAGGCGGGCGCCCGGGCCUCCAGCACACUGCCCCCGGACCCCUCAGCUGUGUGACUUUUCACUCCAAAGAGCAGCUGGUGGCCACAGGAGGCUGGGAUGGGAGCACCAGUGUUCUUCGGCUGGAUGACCUGACCGUUUACUCGGUGCUGGGUGCCCCUGGUCCAUCGGUCCAGGCUGUGACCUUUGCCCCUUCUGGACUGGGGCUGGUGGUCGGCCGUCUGGAUGGAGCCGUGGAGCUGUGGGCCUGGAGGGAGGGGGUUCAGCUGGCCACCUUCUCUGCCCACUGUGGUGGCAUAACAGCUGCCCUCUUUCUGCAUGCUGGACGCUGCCUGCUGACCACCGGAGAGGAUGGCAAGGUUCAGGUGUGGUCAGGAUCCCUGGGCAAACCCCGGGGGUCCCUGGGGUCCACCCACCUGUCACCUGCCCUCGCUGUGGCGCUCAGUCCGGAUGGAGCACAUGUGGCUGUGGGACACCAGGCUGAUGGGAUCAGAGUCUACACUGUCUCAGGCACGGAGGUGGUGCGAUGUGCGGUGUCGGAUGUGUCCUUGGAAGCUCUGGGCUGGCUGAGCCCCUCCGUGCUGGUCGCUGGGGGGUCGGACGGAGCCCUGCGUGGCUGGAGUCUUGGUGGUGGGAAGCUCCAGGCCCUCUGGCUGCUGCAUGGACAUCAGGGGCCAGUUCUGGGCCUGGCCACUUCCUCCCAGCUCCUCGCCUCAGCCUCAGGCGACUUCACGGUUCGCCUGUGGCCAGUGGGCGGGCUGCUGGAGGCCCAGGGGGCUGCAGAGCUCCCCACCGGCUUGGUACUCCGCUGCCACACGGGCCCGGUCACCUGCUGCAGCUUCAGUCCCGACGGGCAGUACCUGGCCAGUGGAAGCCGUGAUUGGAGCCUCCUUUGCUGGAAAGUGGACAGUACCGGAACCGCCAGCCUGACCCACUCCUUCCCUGCCUGCCACCGCGAUUGGAUCACCGGCUGUGCCUGGACCCCUGAUUACCUGCUGCUCUCCUGCUCCAAUGAUGGCUUGGUCCAGCUGUGGUCACCCACAUCUGGUCAGCGGCUCGGCCAGUUCCAGGGGCAUCAGGGUGCCGUGAGCGCCGUGCUAUCUGUGGAGGACCAUGUGGUUUCUGUGGACCGGGAUGGAAUCUUGAAGGUGUGGAACAGGAUGGGGGUGGAGCUGACCAGCAUCCCUGCCCACCCCGGGCCCAUCAGCCAGUGUGUAGCGGCCCUGAAGUCCCACUCGGCAGAUGGUCAGACUGGGUCGGAGCUGCUGGUAGUGACUGCUGGGUUGGAUGGAACUGCCCGACUCUGGUGUCCACUGCUGGUGUCCCAGACCCAGACCCUGCUGGGCCACAGUGGCUCAGUUGUCGCUGCAGCUGUGUCCGAGGCUUCGGGCAGCCUGCUGACCACCUCGCGGGAUGGGUCCGUGCGCCUCUGGACGGUGCCAGAGGAGACAGAGCAACCGAGUGAAGCCAGGCAGCCCCCACGGCCAAUCACGGCUGUGUCCUGGGCCCCCGAUGGGGCCCUGGCUGUAUCCGGCAACGAGGCUGGGGAGCUGAUCCUGUGGCGGGAAGCAAGCCCUGUGGCCUCAGCCCAAGCCCCUGGCCGUGUCUGCUCGCUGAGCUGGGUCUCCAGGCGAAGCUUCGUGCUGCUGAGCGAUGACCAUGAUGUCAGCGAGUGGGAGGUGGCGGAGGAGGCUGCUGCUGAAGGGAGUCUCAGCCUACAGCUCUGCCACAGCCGACAGCGCCCAGCUCCCUUCAUCUCCGGACUGGAGCUGACCCCCGAUGGCCGGACCCUGCUCUUGGGGAAACCUCCUGAUCAGCUGCUGCUGCUGGAGCCGGGGACCACCUCCAGCAAGACGUUCCAGCUCCCAUGCCAGCACAACGGGCUCAGUGGCUUUUCCACACACAAGGAACACGGUGUCUUUCUUCUGAAGUCCCUGUCCCCCUGCCUUCUAUCGGUCCUGAAGCAGAGUGAGUCCGGGGAGAUGGAUUCAGGCCUGGAGUUUGAGCUGGAGUUGGAGCGGCCCCAGCCGCCGGUGCUGUGGGUGACCCAGGCGGUGCCCGAGUCUGGCUGCUCCUUCCUGUGUGCCAGCUCCGAGGGUCUGCUGUGGCGCUUGGGGGAGCGAGACCCUGAUGGGGAAUGGGCUGAAGGUGACAUCUGGCAGCAGCGGCAGGACUGUGGCAAGAGGAAACUGGAGCCGUGUCUGCGCAGGAAGAUUCACGCAGGAGCAGUCACAGCCCUCCACGUGCUGCCUGGCCUCCUGCUGACUGCUGCAAAGGAUCGCGAUGUGAAGCUGUGGGAGCGGCCCAGCCUGAGGCUGCGGGGCCUGUUCCGCUGCGAGGGGGCUGUCAGCUGCCUGGCACCCCGUCCUGGCCCUGCGCACGGGCUACAGCUGGCCGUGGGGGACGCGAUGGGCAACAUCUACUUCCUGGCCUGGGAGUGAGGAGCAGAGCGUCCAGCUGUGGGGCCCGGGUGCCGGGAACAGAGGUGUGGGGCAGGGGGGUGUUUACUACAUUAAAACUUAG